CAACAAAUGUCGUCCGAGUCGGUGCUUUCGAUCGAAGAGACGAACGCUCAGCGCGCUGCAUUGGGAUUGAAGCCGCUGAAGCUCAAGGCUGCCAACAAUGCCGACGACGCUUCGGCCUCCGACCAGCCUGCCGCGCCUGCCCUCUCUGAAGACGAGCGUCGCGACAUUGCCGCAUUCAAAUUCCUCGAAGAACAGGCGCAGAUCCAGAAGGAGAAGGACGCCAAGACGCUGGAAGAGCGACUCGCUGCGCACAGGGAAGCGCGUCGCAUUGAAGACAGCCUCAAAGCAACAAAGACCCUGGGCGCUGCAGACAAGGAAGGCGACAGUGCGUCAUCGUGGGUCACACAAAGCAGGAAGGCGCAAGAUGCGCAGCGUAAGGCGGCGGAGGCUCGGCUGCGAGCGUUCGACGAGCUCGAUGAGCAAGCAUCGACGUCGAUUGGCUCAAGCAAACCCAAACCCGCGCAAAAGAAAGCUGCUGCGACGGGUGCGCAAAGCUAUGACAGCAGCAAUCUCGCAGGUCUCAAAGUCGCCCACGACGUCGAGGACUUUGAAGAAGGCAGCACCGUUCUCGUGUUGCAGGACACGGGCGUGCUCGACGAUGACAAUGAGGAUGUUCUUGAGAAUGUCAACAUGGCAGACCACGAGCGCGCAAAGCAAAACGCCAUUCGUCGGGCAAACAGCAAGCGACCCGGGUACAAUCCGCUUGUGGGCGAGGACGGAAACGACAGUGGCCUCGGCGCACCCACAGGCCUUCUAUCACACUAUGACGAGUGGGAGGAAGAGUUGAAGGGCGAUCGCAAACUCAAAAAGCUCACCGUGUUGGAUGCGCAAGGCAGUGCCGAUACCGCAGAGAAGAAGCUCGAGCAAGAGUUUUUUGCCAAACAGCGCGCCAAAGCAGUGUCGCUGGAUUCCGACACUCGCACGAGCGUGUCAGACUUUUACACUCCAGAGGAGAUGAUUUCGUUCAAGAAGCCCUCGAAAGACAAGAAGCACAAGAAGCGAAGAACGCGCGACAGGACGCAGGACGCAGAUGACGACGAGGACGACUCUAUUGCCACGCAACAGUCGGCUUCUGGCGUCGUUCGAAGCAAGCGCAAAGCCCCGUCUGGCGAAGACGGAGAGGACGAGGAUGACGUGCAGCCCGCAGUGACUGUGCGUCAUUUGCUCAACAAUUCGCAGGCCAUGGACACCUCUUCGAGCGCGAGCGGACCGGAUCGAGGAUCGCGCAAGCGAGGCCGGCACGACGACGAUGAGCAUUCCGAGGCGACCAUCAGCCUGCCCGAGCCUGGCCAAUUCCAAGCGCUAAAACCAGUCACAGACGCAAGCUUUGACUUUGUGGCGGAUGACGAAGGCGAGGUCGAGCUGGCGCGAGCCCUCGAGCGCACUCGUCGCUUGAAACAACAAGCGGAAGGGUUUCUGGCUGGUCCUGCUGUGCCAGCUGUGCGUCCUAAAUCCGAAGACAGCACGGAAGACAGCGCCGCCAGUGCGGGCGAUAGCUCGUUGGUUUUCUCGGCCACGUCAGAAUUUGUCAAGAAUAUUGGUGCACGCGAUCUCAAGCCAGAUCCCGUACAGACGCAGCCGGCCAAGCCUGCGUCGUUUGUCCCCGCUUUGGUUUCUCAGGCACAGCAACCAGCCGGUGUCACUGCUCCAAUGGAUAUCGUGUCAGUCGGUGUGCCUGCGGCGAAUCGCACACGCCGGACAAAGCUCGUCGGCGACGACGAAGCAGAGGCCAUGGACACUCAGCCCAUCAAGAAGGAAGAGUCAAAGAGCGACGAUAAGAACGAUUUCCAAGACUUUUUGACCGAAGAACCUUCUCUUGUCAACGGUGUUGGCGCCGCAUUGGCAUUCAUGGCCCGCCGCGGUAUGAUUGAAAACGAAAGCAAAGCUCAAGGCGUUGUCGUGGUCGAGACCGAUCGUCAACGCGACAAGGGCAAGCAGCGCAUGGAUCAAGAGGAGGAGCGAAAGAUUGAGCUUGAAAUCCGACGACAGCGUGAAGCGGAACGCAACCGUGAUCGCCGAGAUCGUCGGGAUGUGCGCGACUCGCGAUCCGAUCGCGACCGCAACGAUCGCCCGCCCGAGCGCGAUCGGGAAGCAGAUCCUUUCAGUAUGCCUGCGCCAGAGUUUACUCUUGAUUAUGUUGAUGAAAAUGGCCGCACGAUGACCACCAAAGAGGCUUUCAACCACCUGUCGUACAAAUUCCACGGCAUCCAGCCAGGCAAGAACAAGCAGGAAAAGCGCCAACGCAAACUGGAGGAAGAGGUGCUCAUCAAACAGAUGGCUGCGGGCGACACACCACUUCAUACCCGCGAAACGACAUACAAGAAGAUGCAAGAAGCUGGGCAAGCAUUUGUUGUCAUUAGCGGUGGCCCGGCCACCCAAAGCUCCAAGGACGCAGCUCGCGCGUCGACUUCUUCUGGCACGGCAACCUCUGGAUUGCAGAGCGCGUUUUCGGGUUUUUCGACCACACGCAAGUGACCCCCCUGGACAAGAGACAGUAUCACAUUGCAGGGGAGCUUGGCAAUGCACUUUACAACAACAACAACAACAAAAAAAAAAUACCUGUAUCGAAUGAGAAUAACAAAAUGUGCACUCGCCAACAUAAACCAUAAAGUCCAACUCAAAUAAUUCGGAUGCU